GUCAGUUUCAGUGAAUCUCCCUCCCUCUGGGUAACUCUUCAUCCUGGGAGGGAGACAGAGAUGGGAGCAGGGGAAACUGUUCACUUGUAGCAACUGGAGUGAAUCCAGGGAGGGAGCAGACUCUGCAAAGUCAGAGUAUUUGAAAAUCUGAAGACUGAAGUUUCAAAAUCAAUGGAUGGAAGGCUUAUGUCCGAAACAUUGACUCUCCUGCUCCUCGGAUGCUGCCUGACCUGCUGUUUUGCCAAUGCCACAUUUUUUGACUGACUCUCCAGCGUCUGCAGUCCUCACUUUGUUGUUAAUGUCUGACAGUCACUCAAUCCAUCGGGACCACAACAAGUUUUGACUGAUUUCUGUGAGAGGGAUCAACACUUUUUGGUUCCUGUCUGAGGACAUUUUCAACAUCAGGUGGGACUGGACGAGAGACCCCACUGUUGGAGCGCACUGUGUGUGGAGCCUGAAACAGUUACACGGCCUGGGAAGGGGAUUUCACGGCAGGGAGGGGCUCUACACGUGUUUGUGUGCAGCUGAAGCUGUGGCCAUGGAGAAUCCUGAGGAAUCCCGCCCUGUGGAGAAACCGUGGAAGUGUGGCGACUGUGGGAAAGGCUUCCGUGUCCCGUCUACCCUGGAGACUCAUCGGCGCAGUCACACCGGGGAGAGGCCAUUCCCCUGCACUGACUGCGGGAAGGCCUUCAGAGAUUACUUCCACCUGCUGAGGCACCAGCGGAGCCACACGGGGGAAAAACCCAUCAGCUGCCCAGAUUGUGGGAAGGCCUUCAUAUUUUUCUCUGCCCUGUUGGCCCACCAGCGGGUCCACACAGGAGAGAAGCCGUUCAGCUGCCCAGAGUGUGGGAAGGCCUUCAGGUAUUCCUCCAACCUGCUGACCCACCAGCGUGUCCACACCGGGGAGAGACCGUACACCUGCCCUCAGUGCAGAAAGAGCUUCACCUGCUCCUCCAACCUGCGGAGCCACCAGCGGAUCCACACAGGGGAGAGGCCCUUCAGCUGCCCUGAGUGUGGGAAGGCCUUUCACGAUUCCUCCACCCUGCUGACCCACCAGCGGAUCCACACCGGGGAGAGACCCUUCAGCUGCCCCGAAUGCAGGAAGGGUUUCAACUGCUCCUCCCACCUGCGGAGCCACCAGCGGAUUCACACAAGGGAGAGGCUCUUCACUUGCUCUCAGUGCGGGAAGGCCUUCAGCUAUUCCUCCACGCUGCUGAUCCACCAGCGGAUACACACCGGGGAGAGACCAUACACCUGCCCUCACUGCGGGAAGGGCUUCACCUGCUCCUCCAACCUGCGGAGACACCAGCGAGUUCACGUGCCAUCGCAGGGAGAUUGAAGGAGUGACGGCCGAGUCCCAUUAUCGAUUGGAAUAUCAACCCGGUUCCGGGGACUCUCGGGUUUGAAUCCCGCCACGACAGAUGGCAGAAUUGGUAUUCGGUCAGAAAUGUGGAAUUCGGAAUCUAACGAUGAGACCAUUUCAGGGAGGGGGUGGUAGGGGGAGAAAGCCCCCAUCUGAUUCCCUCUCUCCCUUGUUAGGGAAGGGAGCCCCCAUUGUGGGAAAGGAUACACUCAGUCGUUCCAGCUGCAUCCUUUACCCGGUCUUGCCUACACGUGACUCCAAACCCACAGCAGUCUGGUUGACUCUACACUGCCCUCCCCCUCUCUU